AGUGGGAGGAGGUUUGUGUUCGAUCUGUGUCGUUCAUUGUAAGGCGCGGCGCACGCGCACCCCGGCCCUUGCGCCAGAAUCGCGAUUUAAAUUCUUUUGACAGUAAACCAUGAUUUUCUAACCGCAUUGAUACAUACCUUAUCGGGACGUCAGCGUGGACUUUUGGUCGAAUAAAAUUGUUUUUGUUCUUAUUGUUAAUUUAUUAAAAAAUAAAUAUGGUUAGUGGUAAUACAAACCCCGGCGAUCCAAUGAAAAUACCAGCAAAAAAUCGUGAAAAGAAGACUAAUAACUAUAUGCGAGCGAAUAUAUUCUCCAGAACAUGGUUCGUGUGGAUGAUGCCUACUUUCUGGAGGGGCUACAAGCGGGAGCUGUACGACUCUGAUCUCACCCAACCUAAAGACAACCACCUCUCCGACAAACUUGGUGAUCGCCUGGAAAAGAAAUGGCUGGAGGAAAUAGCUUUAGCGAACAAGCAGAGUCGUAAGCCAUCGCUACUCCGUGCUAUGAUUAAGACGUUCUGGCUAAGCUAUGCACCUUCCGGCAUCAUAUUCUUCGUACAAGCCCUCGUCCUCAAACCGUUCCAGCCAGUGGCGUUGAGUAUACUGCUAUCGUAUUGGGAGCCCGGUUCCAGCAUGACGUACGAGCAGGCGGUGUAUUGCGCCGCUACCGUGAUCCUGAUGUCUUUGCUGAUAGCAUUCCUCAACCAUCACGGGACUUAUUCCACCCAGCAGUUUGGCAUGAAAGUCCGUAUUGCAGCGUGUUCACUAAUCUACAGAAAGGUAAUGCGGAUGAGCUCUGGUGCCUUAGCUCAAACAACUGCCGGCCAAGUAGUCAAUCUCCUAUCCAACGACGUGAAUCGGUUCGACUACGCGUUUAUCUUCACGCACUUCAUCUGGCUGCUGCCUCUACAAGUUGUACUUGUCUGCUACCUCAUCUACACCAAAAUCGGUUACGCCGCCAUCAUAGGAGUCGUUGGCAUAGUUCUGCAAACUAUUCCUGUUCAAUCUUACAUGAGUAAACUGUCUGCAAGGUUGCGCAUGAAAACGGCGUGUAAAACGGACGAGCGUGUUCGCAUUAUGGACGAAAUUAUUACUGGAAUGCAGGUUAUAAAAAUGUAUGCCUGGGAAAAGCCAUUUGAAAAAGUGGUGGCUAUGGCUCGCAAGAACGAAAUUGACUGUAUCACAUCUGCUUCAUACCUCAGAGGAGUCUACUUAAGCUUCAUGGUUUUCACGGAACGAUUGUCUCUUUACAUUACUCUUUUAUCCUACUCGUUAUUUGGAUACCAAGUUACUGCUGAUAUUGCAUUCCCGUUGGCACAAAUGUUCAAUAUUCUUCAGGCUUCAGUAGCUAUCCUAGUGCCAUCGGCUCUAUCAAUGAUGAUGGAGUCUUAUACUACUGUGCUACGGUUACAAGAUUUUCUCACUAUGGAUGAAAGAGAAGACCUACGUGGGGUAGCAGACGUUGAUAUCGCUAAAUUGGUUCAAAGCGUUAAAAACAAAAAAAUUAAGAACCUUGGUGAACAAGACCUUUGCCCUAAUACUUUCAAAAAGAUUGAAGAAGAAGAAGGAAUUUGUAACCCAGGAUUCGACUGCAAUGAAAAGGGGUUAAUGACACCAGUCCAACACGUUGCUGUAAGCUCCGACGUCGGUAUACUAAUACAAAACGUUUGGGCCAACUGGACAGGGGAUGGGCCAGUUACAUUACGUAAUAUUAACCUCAGUAUUCCUAAAGGAAAGUUGUGCGCAAUUAUUGGCUCAGUCGGUUCUGGAAAGAGUUCCAUAUUACACCUCUUGUUAAACGAGUUACGCGCGAUAAGUGGAAAAAUCCAGCUGUCGGGGCCACUGUCUUACGCUUGUCAGGAGCCAUGGCUAUUCGUCGCUACUGUUCGACAAAACAUUCUCUUUGGAUUGCCAUAUAAUCCGAAAAAAUAUAAAGAGGUGGUCAGAGUAUGCGCGCUACAGAAGGAUUUCCAACAGCUCCCUCAUGGUGAUCAAACGCUCGUAGGAGAAAGAGGUGCUUCGCUAUCCGGUGGUCAAAGAGCACGUAUAAAUCUUGCCAGAGCAGUUUACAGACAAGCAGACAUUUACCUACUGGAUGAUCCUCUUUCAGCGGUGGACGCUCAUGUGGGUCGGCAACUCUUCGACGAGUGCAUCACUGGAUACCUUCGUCACACCACACGCAUCCUAGUUACUCACCAACUCCACUAUCUUAAAGCAGCUGACUAUAUUGUAAUAAUGAGCAAUGGUGCUAUAGAAGCAAAAGGGUCAUAUGAAGAACUCUCAACUUCAGGCAAAGACUUCGCCAAAUUAUUGUGUUCAGUCCAAGAGAAUAAUGACCCACAUUCAGAAACUGAGAAACCUCUCGCAGUAGCCCGGCGAACAUCAUCUAGACUCUCGACAACGAGGCGUCCGUCUAUCGCAGAAUCUAUGACAGGCUGUGAAGUUCCUGCUCAAGAGAUGGAAGAAGAAGCCAGAGAGUCUGGCUCGAUGGGUUGGCAUGUAUACGGAGCAUAUUUGCGAGCUGGUGGAAAACCAGCAAGAUUGCUUUUUAUGUUCCUUUUACUUGUUAUCGGUCAAUUAUCGGCCACGCUAUGCGACUAUUGGGUUACUUUUUGGACAAAUGAAGUCACACGUAUGAAGGAAAGAGAAGCUAACCAUACGGUUAAAGAAUACGAAAGAGUAGGACCACCUGUGAACACAACAUUCUCUUUAUCCAGCUACUUCUCUGGAAUCGAAUUGCAAUCUGAUUUAGACAUCGAUGCUUUCAUAGGACCUCUCAACACAUCUCAAUAUCUAUAUGGAUAUACAGCGUUGAUUAUCUGUUGUAUUUUCUUUAUUACGGCUCGUGCGUUCAUGUAUUUCAAAGUCUGUAUGACUGCCUCAAGGAAUCUCCACAACGACAUGUUCCACUCUAUGCUUCAGGGUGUUAUGCGUUUCUUCGAUAGCAACUCUUCAGGUCGCAUUUUGAAUCGUUUCUCAAAAGAUGUUGGUGCUCUGGACGAGUUAUUACCAAGGUUUCUCCUCGAAUGCAUCCAAAUAUACCUCGUGAUGUUCAGUAUAUUAGCGCUUAAUGCUGCUGCGUUAGUUUGGACUUUGUUACCGACGACCAUAAUUCUACUUUUGUUCUACGUUAUUCUACAAAUUUAUUUGAAAUCUGCGCAGUCGAUUAAACGUUUGGAAGGAACCACAAGAAGUCCUGUAUUUUCUCAUAUGUCAGCAACAUUGAAUGGUAUUAGCACCAUUCGAUCGUCUGGAGCGCAACAACGACUAAUUCAGGAAUUCGAUCGAUUUCAGGACAUUCACACUUCAACCUGGAGCAGCUACUUGGCUAGCGGUGUGACGCUUGGUUUCUGGCUUGACUUCAUCUGCGUGUUGUACUUGACCAUAGUCAUCGUUGCUUUCCUCGUGAUUGACAGUAAAACAAUAUUCUCUGGAAACGUGGGGCUGGCGAUAUCGCAAACUCUCAUCUUAACGGGGAUGCUGCAGUUCGGCGUCCGACAGACCGCGGAAGUGAUCUCGCAGAUGACCAGCGUGGAGCGCAUCCUGCAAUACACACACAUUGAGAGAGAACCUCAGUGGGAAAAAGGAAGUAAAGAAACCCCUAAAGGUUGGCCUUGGUGCGGCCGCGUCGAGUUUCGCAAUUGUUAUAUGAAGUACACUCUCGAAGAUUUGCCUGUACUGAAGAAUCUAAAUUUGGUUAUUGAAAGUGGGUGGAAGGUUGGAAUAGUAGGAAGAACGGGUGCUGGAAAAUCGUCACUCAUAUCUUCACUGUUCCGCCUCGCCAUAGUGGAAGGUGAAAUCCUCAUCGAUGACGUCGACACUUCUCAGCUCGCGCUUCAGGAAUUGCGUUCGAAAAUCUCUAUUAUACCUCAGGAACCAGUGCUAUUUUCCGCAACUAUACGAUACAAUUUAGACCCAUUCAAUAGCUACGACGAUGACCAAUUAUGGAAAGCUCUUGAAGCAGUUGAUUUGAAGGCAGCGAUUCCGUCGCUAGAUUUCAAAGUUUCAGAAGGCGGAUCCAACUUUUCACUCGGACAAAGACAAUUAGUAUGCUUGGCGCGGGCAAUUCUUCGUGGCAAUCGAAUUCUGGUGCUCGACGAGGCUACUGCUAAUGUGGAUCCUAAGACAGACGAGUUUAUCCAAAAAACAAUUAGAAAAAGGUUCGCCGACUGCACGGUGGUCACAGUGGCUCAUCGACUCAACACAAUUAUGGAUUCGGAUCGUGUCAUGGUAAUGGACUCUGGUCGGCUGGUUGAAUUCGACCACCCAUACAGAUUGCUUAACAAUCCCCACGGCUACUUCACGAAGAUGGUCAAAGAGACCAGUGACAAGUUGUCGGAGCAGUUGUACAAAAUUGCAGAGAAAACAUUCCUGGACAGUGGCGGUGUAAAAGAAUAAUGUUAGGUAAUAAGUACCUACCAUUUAGGCUCCGCGCAAACGGGCAACUUUACACAGCCCGGUGCCAAUCAUGGUUACGAAUAGCUCGCUUCAAUACCUAGUCCCAUGACCAUCAGCCCAUAGCCGCCCACCACUGAACAUGCGUCUCUUCUCAGAAUGAAGUAUGCACUGGCGUGAAGUUGUGGCAAGGCCUGUUUGCGCAGACUCCUAUGCCUACUGUUAAGUUUAUUGUAAUUAGAUAAGUAGGUUAGAAUAAUUAUCGUUUUGGAAUCAUGCAGUUAGGUACUUAGAAUUAUAAUUUCAUACACGUCCACAGGAAAAAUAAUUCUUAAGAUAUGCAUGUAUUUUAUAAGUUUACCAAUUGCUGUUAGUAUAAAGUGUAGCUAAUAAAUUACGUACAUACCUAAUCGCUAAUUAUAUUAUUAUCUUAAACAUACCAAUUGGAUAUUUUAAUUUUAUCACUCAAGUAUUUAGGUAGGUAGGUAUAUUAUUUCUAUAAAUCUAUAAAUAAAUAAUAAUUAUGAAUCCUUACCCAGGCUGUAGUAAAUACCUGCAUCUAGAAUUUAACGUGAGUUGGUUCGUUCGUCAACAUGCGUUCGCGUUUGUACAGUUAUUAUUGACACUUGUGUAAAGUUUUUUGAUAUAGUACCUAUCAUCAACCUACAAAAGGUGGUGUAAGAGUUGUUCAAAUACAAAAGAGGCAUUGCAAGUUGCAACGCAUAGUAUCUACUGGGCAAACUAUAGGUACCUACCUAAUGUGAAAAAAAAAAAUUAAAUUUUUUCAUAAGGUUUUUUUAAAUAUCUACCUACCUUGUUUUGUACAUAACGGCAUGUUAUUCCAAUACGGGCUGAGCGAUGAAUGGGAAUGAAUGAAAAGUAUAGUUGUUUAGAGAUAGUCUAUAGACUAUAGGGAAAGCGCUGACGAAAACUGUUAUUUAUUUUUAUUAAAAUACCAUCAAAUAUGUUUUAUAGGUACCUUUUGAGACAUUAUAAAUAAUGUGAUUGCCAUAGAGGUCAACCUCGAAUAAAUAAAUAUGAACUUUA